AUGGCGCUCGAUGAGUUCGGGCGUGAUCGAAGCUCCCCAAAAGGCGAUCUCCCGGUCCUUCGUGAGGUCCUCACUCAGCCAGACUACGUCUCCACCUACCCCGAGAAAGGCCUUCUUACCCCCUCCUACCACCUUGAGCUGGGCGAUGAGAAUCCAACUCCCGAUGAGCUGACCGGCCCGACUGCUUUGCGUCGUGUGUCAGCUCCCAUCCCCUGGGCUGUCUACGCCGUUGCCUUUGUGGAGCUGUGCGAGCGAUUCUCGUACUACGGAACACAGAUUUUGUAUUCCAACUUUGUGAAUCACGCUCUUCCUCUUGCCCCUCCUCAUGGCCCGGCUGGGUCAAACCACAAGACCGGUGCUGGUGGUGGUUCCUCCCAGGGCGUUUCGGGCGCUCUCGGCAAAGGCACUCAAGUUGCGAAUGGCAUCAACACUUUUAACACCUUCUGGUGCUACAUCAUUCCCCUAUUCAGUGCCUAUGUCGCGGAUGAAUUCUGGGGCCGCUACAAGACCAUUUGCUGGGCCAUUUUCUUUGCCAUCAUUGGCCACAUCACCCUCGUCAUGUCUGCCAUCCCUCCAGUCAUCACAAACACGACCAUGUGCUUCGCUAUAUUCAUUCUGGGUGUGAUUAUCAUGGGAUUUGGAACCGGUGGUUUCAAACCCAACAUCUCCGCAUUGGUCGUCGAGCAGAUCCCCGUUGUCAAUCUGAAAGUACGCACCCUACCCACCGGCGAGCGUGUCAUUAUUGAUCCGACCAUCACGCAAAGCCGAAUCUAUCACUAUUUCUACCUUUUCAUCAACGUGGGUGCUCUGAUCGGCCAGAUCUCCAUGGUCUAUGCGGAGAAGUAUGUGGGUUUCUGGCUUGGCUUCUUGCUUCCCACUGCAAUGUUCAUGAUCUGUCCCCUUGUUAUGUGGUGGGGGCACAAGCGGUACACCCAAGCUAAGCCCCAGGGCUCUGUCACCUCCAAAGCGAUACGGGUCUUUUUCUAUGCCCUCCGUAGCCGCUGGUCAUGGAACCCUAUCAAGUUUUGGAAGCGUACCCAUGACGGUACCCUCUGGGAGACUGCAAAGCCCUCCAACAUUGCCCCUCGGGAUCGUCCACACUGGAUGACUUUCGACGAUGCCUGGGUUGAUGAAGUGCGCCGCGGCUUUUGUGCCUGUGCGGUCUUCUGUUACAUGCCACUCUACUGGUUGUCAUACAGCCAGCUAACCAAUAACUUGACUGCUCAGGCAGGAACCAUGGCCCUGCACGGUGUUCCCAAUGACGUUCUCAACAACCUCGACCCCAUAAUUCUGGUGAUAUUCAUUCCCGUCUGCGAUUACUUUUUGUAUCCCGCCUUGCGUCGAGCAGGAAUACGCUUCACUGCCAUCAAGAAGAUCUUCGUUGGCUUCGUACUUGGCGCAAUGGGAAUGGGCUGGGCGACCGCAGUCCAGCACUACAUCUACAAGACCUCGCCCUGUGGUUACCAUGCAAAUACCUGCGCCAAUCCUGAUGGAAGUGUGCUAAAUUCCCCGCUGAACGUCUGGAUUCAAUCCGGCUCCUACGUACUAAUUGCUUUGUCCGAGAUUUUCGCUUCCAUCACAACCCUGGAGUACGCCUAUUCCAAAGCUCCUCGCGGUAUGCGCUCCUUCAUUCAGGCAAUUUCGCUUUUCUCGAAUGCCGUCUCCGCCGCCAUUGCCGAGGCUCUCAACCCGCUCUCCAAGGACCCUCUGCUUGUGUGGAACUACGGUGUCUUUGCCGUUAUCUCGAUUGUCAGUGGCUUCCUUUUCAUCUGGCAGUUCUGGAGCUUGGAUCAGGAGGAGGAUGAGCUGAACAAUCUGCCGGAGGGCCAAGUUGUCGCCGAAGCCAAGUCCGAGGGGCUUUUUGUUUCAGCCGAGAUCACUUCUGCCCCCAGAUAG